AUGCCUUUUGGCGGUCCACCUCUGGGUGGUCGCGACAGAACCGCCUUCAUCCUGUCCAAAAUCUCCCAUCUCAUCGGAGAGGCGGUUCUCCAAGCAGAGGUUCGCAAAAUGCCCAGAGAUUGGUACGAUGCCAUUCCUCAGCUCGGCGACUUCACUUACCCUGAAUUCUUCGACAGACACAAGGGUCAAAUCCUCGACGAGUACCUGAGAUAUUACUGCAAGUUCUGGGGUGACACGCAGCCGAGACCCGCGAGGGAGGAAGACAGACUCGCUAGCGGCGCCGGUGGUCUGCGCCUGUUCAACUAUGAGGAGAAGUUGGCCGAAGACGCGAUGAUGUGUGUCAGACACCGCUUGCCACUCAGCAGCUGGGAGAAAAUCGUUGAUUACUUUAUCGACAUCGGUCACGACCACGAGGACUUGGGCCGACACAAGUACUUCAUAUUGGAUUGCUUCCUCGCUCACUGGGCCGACGCGGUGUCGAAAGACCUUGUCCGAAUGCAGUUUUUCCUACCGAAUGGCGUCGUCUCGGCUCAUGGCACCAGAGACUCGGUGUACCUGGUUGCGGAUGUCGAUAAUGGCGAGCCGCGCAUUUCGAGGCGCCAUGUCCAGAACAUGCGUCUCGAACACAGAAUUCGCAAUGGCAGCAUCAUGUUGGAGUGUCGGUUAUUGGACAGUGCACACAUGGGAGAGGUGGUGCGGAUGACGUUCGGGGUUAUGGACGCGGAGGAAGCGGUUGAUCUGUUCCGAGACGGGGUCUGUGUUUCCUCCAACAUGGAGCAUUGGGGAAUGCGACGGCGGCCUAUUGAUGUGGAAGAGAUUGAGAUUGAAGAGGUUUGA